AUGAAACGCAAAGGUAGCCCGAAAAUAAACUCUGUUUGGCAUAAGUGGUCUGCAGUAAAAUUGCAAGAGAUUUACUGGUCUCUCAGUAUUAUUUUACAUAUGUGCGUCGCCAAAUGGCCGAAAAUUAGUGAUUAUUGGUCAACAGACCCGUUUCCGCAGACAGGAUUUGCGAGUAAAUUGUUGAGUCGCGAUCGAUUUUGCGCUACAUUGUCGAUGUUACACUUGAAUGACAAUGCUACGUUCACUAGCAGAGGCGAAGAAAAGCACGACCCACUUCACAAAGUGAGGCCUUUGUUUGAUUUCUUUGUGAGUAAAAGCAAAAUUAGUUUUCGUCCAGGCAUGAAUCUGACAAUAGAUGAGUACUUUGGCAAAGGACAUUGCAUUUAUAUGGAUAGGUACUACACUUGUCCAUCUCUUUUGGACAUGUUGUGGGAAAAUAAAGCUCUUGGAGUGGGAACUGUAAUGAAAAACAGGAAAGUGAAGUGGAAGUCAGAAAGAGAUGUUGUUUAUCUUUCCACAAAGCAUAAGUCUACCAGCACUAGUAUUCAAGUGAGGGCCAAAGGUGGAAUAGCAGAAAUUGUAAAUUUUAUUUUAUGUAAAGAGAACACUAGGAAGAAUGUAUCCCUAGUAGACUUUAUUCACAGAGUGGGGAAGAAAUUAGCUGAGAAGGGCGGAAAUAUUUUUCACCAACAAGCCGCUUCAUCCUCACAAAUUGAGAGGACAUUUCCAAGGCACUUUCCGGAGAAGGUCCCACCCACUGCAAACAAGGUGAAUACUACUAGGAAUUGCAAAUUAUGUUCAGACAGGGGUAAGAAAGAGACGGGUAAGCGCAUCAGGAAGGAUAACAGAUGGUGGUGCAAGGCCUGUGGCAUUGGCCUUUGCUCCCACAGUUUUUCCAGGAUUUUCACACAAAGGCUAACUACAUCUGAACUAUUAAAAUACUCUAGUUUACAGGUACCUGCAGUUAGACAGCCCAGUGAUAUUUUGUUUUAA